GCCAGUUCUCCAGCUCCAGCCACCGUCGUUGCAACACCCUACCCGUCUGGGGAAGGAGGGAAGGGAAGAGAGAGGGAAAGGACCAGACCCGCGAGCUUGGGCGUCCCCGGCCCGCCCCGCCCGCCACCAUGAAUCCCAAUUGCGCCCGGUGCGGCAAGAUUGUGUACCCCACGGAGAAGGUGAACUGUUUGGACAAGUACUGGCACAAAGCCUGCUUCCACUGUGAGACCUGCAAGAUGACACUGAAUAUGAAGAACUACAAGGGCUAUGAGAAGAAACCCUACUGCAAUGCACACUACCCCAAGCAGUCAUUCACGAUGGUGGCCGACACUCCUGAAAACCUGCGUCUUAAGCAGCAGAGUGAGCUCCAGAGCCAGGUGCGUUAUAAGGAAGAAUUUGAAAAGAACAAGGGGAAGGGCUUCAGUGUGGUGGCUGAUACACCUGAGCUUCAGAGGAUUAAGAAGACCCAAGACCAAAUCAGUAAUAUAAAGUACCAUGAAGAAUUUGAGAAGAGCCGGAUGGGUCCCAGUGGGGGUGAGGGCUCUGACCCUGAACGCCGAAAUUCCCAAGAUAGCAGUAACUACCGUCGACCCCAGGAACAGCAGCAGCUGCCACAUCACAUCCCAGCCAGUGCCCCUGUUUACCAGCAGCCUCAGCAACACCAGCAGCAGCAGCAGCAGCAGCAGCAGCCAUCACAGUCCUAUGGCUACAAGGAGCCAGCUGCCCAGGUCUCAAUACAACGCAAUGCCCCAGGAGCAGGAGGGAAGCGGUACCGUGCUGUGUAUGACUACAGUGCAGCCGAUGAAGAUGAGGUAUCAUUCCAGGAUGGUGACACCAUUGUGAACGUGCAGCAGAUUGAUGAUGGCUGGAUGUAUGGCACUGUGGAACGUACGGGUGACACGGGCAUGCUGCCAGCUAACUAUGUGGAGAUCAUCUGAGCCUGCCCUGCGCCUUUCCAGCGCCCAUCUCGCCUGCCCACCUCAUCUUCCAUGCAUUCCUCCAUUGCGCUCCUGUUCGACGUGAAUCUUUUCCCCAUCAAUAGUUUCU